AUCAAACAUUUCUCUUUGCCUAAUUUGUUUACCGCUCAACUAAUGCUGUGGUCCAAUGUCCGUCCAUAUGAGAACAAUCGGUAGCCCAGGAUAGAUGCACCGGAAUUCCACCGCCGGAGAAACAGGAAGAUUUCAUGAAACUCUGAACUCAAGUGUACGGCUGUGGGCUGAUGAUGGCUUUUACUUCAAGCCUCUUUUCGACGCCUUCUCCUUUUGCUAGUAUAAGCUGCCAGUCUACUACCGCGGGCGCCGUUCCCCGCGAUUUGCACAUCCCCCCACAGCCGACCCCGCCGGUUCCACAGCUAUCUCAUGUUCAAUCUUCCAAUCCCGUUCCUUCAUCAUCCUCGUCUUGCUCUCUCCAUUGCCCUCACUUUCAGAUGUGUUCUGGUUGUGCUCAAGAGUUUAAUCUCCACCGUCCAAUACUGAUUGACGAAGCUGCGAACUUCUUCAAGAAGCUUGGGGUCUCUGAUUUCACCUUCCACAGUUGCAGAUUGUGGGGAUGGAGGUGCCGUGCGAAGCUUGCAGUUCGUGGUUCAUCUGUGCAACCUUUAAUUGGGCUAUAUCAGGAGGGCACUCACAAUGUUGUUGAUAUCCCUGACUGUAAAGCUCACCAUCCUAAUAUUAAUGCCGUUGUACAACUUCUGAAACAAGCUAUAAUUGAGUUGAAUGUUGAACCAUAUGAUGAAGAUUUAGGGACAGGCGAGUUGAGAUAUGUCCAGAUGGCUGUGACAACACAUGACACAUCUCUUCCCACCUCUGAAAGAUAUAAUAAGGGUAAAGUUCAGGUUUCUUUAGUUUGGAAUUCAAGAAAUGAAAACUCACAUACUUCACAAAAACUAAACGCUUUGGCCAAUUUGUUAUGGAGAACUGGUGGACCAUGGAGUAAAGUCCAUAUAAUACAUUCUGUCUGGGCUAAUUUCCAGACAUCAUCAAAUAAUAUAAUUUUUGGAAAUAGAUGGAGGCAUCUAUUAGGGGAAAGAGAUUUUUGGGAACAUGUUGGUGGAAUUGAUGUGUCUUUGGCUCCUUCCAGCUUUGGACAAGCAAAUACUCGGGCAUUUGAUUCAUUGCUACGCAAAUUGCAAAAAUAUGUUCCAUAUGGUGCAUCGGUUAUUGAUCUUUACGCAGGAGCUGGUGUAAUUGGAUUGUCUUUGGCAUCCAUGAGGAAGUGCAGUUCAGUUAAAUGUGUAGAAGUCAACAAAGAGUCAAGGCAGUCUUUUACGAAGACAGCUGAGCGCUUGCCAACCAAUCUUGAGAGUAGUAUUAGCUGGCACCAUGCUGAUACUUCAAUUGAACCUCUUUCUUGGCUUGUCGGAGCUGAUGUGGUAGUGGUUGACCCUCCAAGGAAGGGAUUAGAUCCAUCUCUUCUUGAGGCAUUGCAAAAAGUGCAAUCAAUGACCAAUAAUAGCAAGCUAUCUCAAAGAAAGGAGAAGGAAAAAGAUGAAAAAAGACCCUGGGUUCUGCGUGCAAGAGACACUUCAGUUUGUAUAGGAGGGAAAACUCAGUCAGAGGAAAACCAAUCUUCUCCUGAAACUCUUAUAUAUAUAAGCUGUGGAUGGGAAAGUUUUAAAGAGGAUUGCAAAUCACUUGUAUCUUCCAAGGCAUGGCAUUUACACAAGGCACAUGGCUUUAAUUUCUUCCCAGGGACGCAAAGUGUUGAGAUUUUAGCUGUGUUUAAGAGCCGAUCAAUAGGUAGCCGAAUCAAGAAGUCUGGAAAGAAGAAAACACCUUAAGGGUGGAGUUUAGCUGUGUAAUUUUGUGUUUUUAGUUUUUGGCCCUCAAUGUAACCCCCAAGAGGGAAAAAAAGGAAACAAAGAUAGUACUCCAUAUAAGUAUUGUUUUUGGUUCUAAAUGAAGUUAGAUUGUUAGGACUUAGGAGUGACAAGCCAAACAUUAGAGGUUUGGGAGCAAACAUGGAUGCGGGUCUAAAUCAAGUCUGGUUCUAGUUCCCGGUUCCACGAGCCGCAGAACCUUAACUGGAUCUGUUUGGGCCAAUUUGAUUUUUCGUUUGGUUGUUGCGUGCUGACAGUUCCUAGUUUUGGCUUCGAUCCCGGACAGUUCUAAAUUUUUAAAUUAGUCUUACAUUUUUUGAAUUAGUUUUACUUGCUAACGAGGGAAUUGUAGGUUCGGACACGGGUUGGAAUGAAGCGACUGGACUUGUCCAAAAUGAUGGGACCAUGGCCAAUUAGGCUUCAACGAAUCCUUGCAAGCAUUGAACAGAAUGAAACGAAACGCUGCCUGAAUAGGUUCUAUCAAAAUUCCAUCGAUUGUAGGCACCAUUUCACCGGAAGAGUUUUUUUUAUAAAGAUUGUUUAUUGGG